AUGACAACGUCCAUGGGAUCGAAGUGUAGGGACUUGUGUUGCACAAAACAGCAGGCCCACAGGUCUAGAAUAUUCAAGGCUUCUAAUACUACUUGUUUUUUGGAGUGGACGCAAGUUGUAAACUCUAUAAAUAAGUUUAGAAAUCAUUUAGAGUACACGCAAGUUGUAAACUUGCUUUUAGGAGAAAAUAAAAUGUUGUUCUGCAAGAAAACCUUACUCUUCAAAAUAUUAUGGGUUCUACUGUUUUUCAGCUUCCAUUGCUCGGCAGCAACUCAUUAUCAUUUCAAGGUAAGCAUGCACAUCCAACAUGAAAUAAAAUUUGACAGAAAGAAGAUCUUGACCGUGAAUGGACAAUUUCCAGGACCAGCUUUACACGUUCACUAUGGGGACACAAUCUAUGUCACGGUCCAUAACAAGGGCAGAUAUAACAUCACCAUCCACUGGCACGGCGUAAAACUGACUGGAUAUCCAUGGUCUGAUGGCCCUGUAUAUAUUACACAAUGUCCAAUCCAACCUGGAGGGAAGUUCAAGCAAAAGAUCAUAUUUUCCACAGAGGAAGGCACCCUAUGGUGGCAUGCUCAUAGUGAUUGGUCGCGAGCGACAGUCCAUGGGCCUAUCAUUGUCUAUCCAAAGUUUAAUGGAACAGGCUAUCCUUUUUCCAAACCUCACGUUGAGGUGCCUAUCAUUUUGGGAGAAUGGUGGAAGAGAGAUGUGAUGGAUGUUCUUCAUGAAGCGCUUAUAACAGGAGGAGACCCCAAUGUCUCUGAUGCUUUUACUAUUAAUGGUCAGCCUGAAACAUUGAAGCUAAAUGUGGAUCAAGGCAAUAGUUACCUACUCCGUAUAGUAAAUGCUGCAAUGAACAACAUCCUCUUUUUCUCCAUUGCAAAACAUAACCUCACAGUUGUUGGAAUAGAUGGCAGCUACACCAAGCCAUUGACAAGCGAUUACAUAACAAUAGCUGCGGGAGAAACCAUUGAUGCUGUGUUACAUGCCAACCAAGAUUCCAAUCACUACUACAUGGCUGCUAGGGCUUUCACUAGCAGCCCUUCCGUUGCUUUUAAUAACUCCACCGCCACUGCUGUAGUUCAAUACAAUGGAAACUACACCCCGUCUUCAGUUCCUUCCAUGCCCCAACUCCCUUACAAUAAUGACGCAAAUGCAGCCUACAUCUUUCUAGGUAGCCUUAGGAGCUUAGUUGAUGAGGACCAUCCUGUUCAUUUUCCUUUAAAUGUUACCACUCAAAUAGUUUCCACUCUUUCAAUUAACGCAUUUCCGUGCCCUGGAAACCGUUCAUGUGAGGGUCCAAAUGGAACCCGUUUUGCUGCUAGCAUGAACAAUAUAACCUUUGUGAACCCAUCAAUUGAUAUACUCGAAGCUUAUUACAAGCAAAUCCAUGGGGUGUAUGGAACUGAUUUUCCAAGCUUUCCACCAUUGGUAUUUAAUUUUACAGCUGACUAUCUCCCGUUGAUACUAGAAGUGUCAAAAAGAGGGACAGAAGUAAAAAUAUUGCCUUUUAAUUCCGCGGUGGAAAUUAUUUUCCAGGGUACAAAUGUGGUAGCUGACAAGGACCCUCAAAAUUACAAUCUCAUUGAUCCUCCAUUUCGAAACACAGUGACUGUGCCUGGAAAUGGCUGGACCACCAUCAGAUUCGAGGCAGCCAAUCCAGGAGUUUGGUUCAUGCACUGUCAUUUUGAGCGUCAUCUAGUUUGGGGCAUGGAGACCGUUUUCAUCGUUCAAGAUGGGAUCGAAGCACGUUUAUUACCUCCUCCACAGGACAUGCCGCCUUUGCAAGGUGUUGGUUGGUUUGCGAGGAACGGUAGUAAAGUUGGGCUAACAAGAUUUGUACUCUUAUUAAUAUUCACACUACGAGAAAGAAAAUGGCCCAUUCAUUCCGACAAGGCUGGCAAAAGUUUCCCUCAGGCCUAUGCUGGCAACAUGGUCAAUGGGAUUCUCCGGAAGCUAGUGCUGCUUAAGGAAAGUAACUCACUCCCUCUUCCUAAAUUGGAAGGUGAUGGUCGCACCCAAUCUCGUGCGCUUGCCACCCUUUAUUCUCAUCCUGUGAUUGAAUUGUUCAAUCAUGAUGAUUAUGCUGAGACUUGGGCUUUCAGUGGUGGUUAUGGUCUUGAUACUUUCCAGGUCUCUCCAGGUGUCUUCAAUGAGAGGGUCUUCAAGUAUUUAAUGUGGGCAAAAGAAGCUGGAAUUAAUGUCUCUUCAUCAGAUGACUCAUUCUUUUCAAACCCAGUUAUCAAAGAUUACUACAACGCUUAUAUUAAGAAGAGAAAAAUCCAAGCUUCAAGAAAACAUAAUGGCCUGCAGACAAACGAAGCUUCUCAUGAGAUGUGCUCGUCAGACAUAUCUAGAAGAGACACCCAGUUCUUCUGCUCCAGUCUUCAGGCAUGGAUUGCUAAGAUGGCUGCAUAUAUCAAAAGCUUGGAAAAAAGACAUCUAGUGACUGUUGGACUUGAGGGGUUUUAUGGCCUGAAUACAACUAACAAGUCAGACGUGAAUCCUGGGAUUUGGGCAGCGUCACUUGGAUCAGACUUCAAACCAGAUUCAGCAAUAAACAACAUUGAUUUUGCGUCAGUUCAUACAUAUCCUGAUAGCUAG